AUGACGGUUGCUACGGGUGACCUGGGGGACGAGGCGGCGGCCCAUCCCGGUGACCCGUACGAACCAGAACCGGACUACGAGUGCUGUGAGCGCGUGGUCGUCAACAUCUCUGGGCUGCGCUUCGAGACGCAGCUGAAGACCCUCUCCCAGUUCCCUGAGACCCUGCUGGGGGACCCCAAGAAGAGAAUGAGGUACUUUGACCCUCUGAGGAACGAGUAUUUCUUUGACAGGAACCGGCCCAGCUUCGACGCCAUCCUCUACUACUACCAGUCAGGCGGGAGGCUGCGUCGGCCCGUUAACGUCACUCUAGACAUCUUCUCCGAGGAGAUCCGCUUCUACGAACUGGGAGAGGAGGCCAUCGAGAUCUUCAGGGAGGAUGAGGGCUUCAUCAAGGAGGAAGAGCGACCUCUUCCAGAGAAUGAGUUCCAGAGACAGGUGUGGCUGCUGUUUGAGUAUCCCGAGAGUUCCGGCGCGGCCCGUAUCAUCGCCAUCAUCAGCGUCAUGGUGAUCCUGAUCUCUAUCGUGUCCUUCUGCCUGGAGACCCUCCCCGUGUUCCGGAACGACGAAGAGGACGAUGGCAACAAGGUUUUCCAGCCCUUCAACAACUCCACCUCUUCCUACACCUCCUCCUACUUCACGGAUCCCUUCUUCAUCCUGGAGACGCUCUGCAUCAUCUGGUUCUCCUUCGAGUUCCUCGUCCGCUUCUUCGCGUGUCCUAGUAAAGCCGGGUUCUUCGGUAACAUUAUGAAUAUCAUCGAUAUCGUGGCGAUUAUUCCAUAUUUCAUCACGUUGGGCACAGAGCUGGCAGAGAAACCGGAGGACGGGCAGGCGGGGCAGCAGGCGAUGUCUCUCGCCAUCCUCAGGGUCAUCCGUUUGGUCAGGGUGUUCAGGAUCUUCAAGCUGUCCAGACACUCCAAGGGGCUCCAGAUCCUGGGCCAGACCCUGAAGGCCAGCAUGCGGGAGCUGGGCCUGCUCAUCUUCUUCCUCUUCAUAGGAGUCAUCCUCUUCUCCAGCGCUGUCUACUUCGCCGAGGCCGACGAGGCGGACUCCCAGUUCAGCAGCAUCCCAGAAGCCUUCUGGUGGGCCGUGGUUUCUAUGACCACCGUCGGCUACGGCGACAUGGUGCCCACCACCAUCGGUGGGAAGAUCGUGGGCUCUCUCUGUGCCAUCGCUGGCGUGUUGACCAUCGCCCUGCCCGUCCCCGUCAUCGUGUCCAACUUCAACUACUUCUACCACCGGGAGACGGAGGGCGAGGAGCAAGCGCAGUACCUGAACACUCCCGUUGCCCCCAAGGCCGACUCAGCCGAGGACCUGAAGAAGAGCGGCCGCAGCAGGAGUGGAUCCACCCUCAGUAAGUCAGACUACAUGGAGAUACAGGAAGCAGCACUGAACCACAGCGCAGAGGACUUCAGAGCAGAGAGCCUCAAGACAGGCAACUGCACCCUGUUGGCUAAUGCUAGCACCCUGUUGGCUAAUGUAAAUAAGCAAGCUAACUCUAACACAUUGGCUAACACCAACUACGUCAACAUCACCAAGAUGAGAACGGAUGUAUAG